AUGCCGAGAUAUAUGGGAGGGCUGGGGUUCCGUGACUUCGAGCUGUUUAAUUUGGCUCUACUGGCUCGUCAAUCAUGGAGGAUCUUGGUCACCCCAGAGUCCCUUAGUGCUCGUAUUUUAAAAGCUGUGUAUUUCCCAAAUUGCUCAAUACUAGAAGCCACUAUUGGAAGUCAUCCGUCUCAGAUUUGGAGAUCCAUAGUGGAAGGAAGGGAUAUUAUGAAACAGGGUCUAAUCAGGAGAAUCGGUGAUGGUACAACGACGGAGAUAUGGAAUACCAACUGGAUCCCUCGGCCUGAACUUAUGAGGCCUCUGGUUGCCAGAGUGCCUGAUCCGCCGCAGCUAGUUGCUGAACUUAUUGACUCAGAGUUGGAGGAGGAAAAGAAGCCAAUAAACCACUGCAUGAACAUCCCAGUUACCUCUGCACCAAGAAGAUGGAUUCCGGCCAUUGAGGACCAUGCUAAAAUCAAUGUUGACGCUGCUGUUUUCCGUGGAGUUGGUGCCGCUGCUGCAGUUUGCAGGAAUAAUGCAGGCCAGUAUCUGGGGUCAUCGGUGCUUGUGACUAGAGGGUUGGUCGAUCCGGCUACUUUGGAAGCAAUGGCAUGCAGAGAAGGACUAUCGCUAGCGGAAGACCUGGGGCUCCAGAAAAUUGUGAUCGCGUCUGAUUGCCAAGAGGUGGUGAAGCAUAUCAAAGAAAAGUCGGGAGGAAAUUAUGGUGCAGUUGAAAAAACAAUAUUUAGCAUUUGCACGCCUGCGUCCUUAAAAAAAACAUUUGUGCGCCUGCAGCGCCGAAUCCUUCUGCCCAACGAGCUCGCCUCACCGUCGGUCGGCGCGGGCUGCCUCACCGCCGUGACACCGGAGCUCGCCGCGGAUCGCCCCCAAGCCCCCGUCGGAACUCACCGCGCGCCACCCCCCAAGCCCCCUACCCCAAGAACCCCCCAAAAUCGCGCUCCCACUUCUGCUCUCCCUCGCUUAGUUGACUCGUCGUCAGGCAGGCUUCUUGCGGCGGCGCGAGGCAACCCGUUCGACGAAAUGUCCAGGAGGCUGAGCGAGGAGGGAGGCACGGCGGCCGUCGGCGAGAACCGCAUCGGGGACCUCCCGGACGACCUGCUGGCGUACCUGAUGUCGUUCCUGCCCUCGCGCGACUCCGUGCGGACGUGCGUGCUCGCCCGGCGCUGGCGCUCGCUCUGGAGGUCCGUGCCCGCCCUGCGCCUCGAGGACGACCCGCGGGGCGACGGCGGCCCCAGGAGCAAGUUCGUGGACGAGCUGCUGUGCCGCCGCCACCCGACACCUCUGAACCUAUGUGACAUCUGUUCCGAUUACGACACCUUUCACUGCGAGGAGGCGUUCACACGCAUCAAGCCGUGGCUCCGGUACGCCUUCUCGCAUGACGUUCGGACGCUGCGGGUCGUCGCUGGUUCGUUGACAACCAACCUGGUCCUCGUCUCGUCGCACCUGAAGAGGGUAGAGCUUUGCUUCAUGCAGUUUAAACGCUCUGUGGAUUUCACGGGCUGUCAGGUGCUCGAUGUGUUAGAGAUGAAAGGCUGUAACAUCCUUGCGAGCAUCUUGUGCCAGUCAGUACGACAUCUUACCAUCAAAGGGGGGUGUUUUGACGAUAAAACCCGCCGUCGUAUUGCUGCCCCAAAUCUCAUCAGCUUGAAACUAGCUCCAUACCAGGGUCUGACUCCGUUGCUUGAUAGCAUGCCAUCGCUGGUAACAGCAUCUGUUGAAUCCUUUGAUCAGCAGUAUCAUUACUGUUUUGAUGUACCAUGUGAAGGAUGCGAUAGGCAAGCAGGAUUUUGUGUGGUUUUGGAAGGCUUGUCUGAUGCUACAAAUUUGGAGUUAACAACUGAUGAUCAGUUAUCUAUUUUCAGAAUGGAUUUGAAAUGGUGCCCCAUGUUUAGCAAGCUCAAAUGCUUGUUGCUGAACAAAUGGUGUCUGGCUGGUGAUUUCACUGGAUUGAUUUACUUCCUCCAGCACUCACCAAUUCUACAGACGCUGACACUUCUGCUUGAUUUUCAAACUCACGAGAAAGGGCAUGUGAUGGAAACAUAUGACCCAAAGGAACAAUCACCACUAUCGAAGCAUCUCAAGGUAGUCAAAAUCAUAUGCAGCUCGACGAAGGAAGAUGUUAUAGUUGACCGUAUCCUAAAGAUCCUCUGUGCCCAUGGAGUGCCUUCCGAGCAAAUUGACAUCCAAUAGAAGUAUAGAACUUUCUUCUGCUGUUCGACUGCUUCCAUUUUGAGCUGGCUCUGUGUCCCUGGAUCGCACCAGGAAGGAAGUUGCUGUGUUUUUGUCUACCAUACCACCCCAGGAUGCGCCUCCCCGUGUCAUGUUCAUAUAUAUGACCUUAUAUGUAAACAGCCGUAUGUAUGUCUUGCUUGGAUGCAGUCGGAGCAUGUUGUUAUAGUGUCUGUCACCGUGGUCCUCCUCGUGCGCUUUAUGCUCAUUUCCUCAACUCGGCGGCAAGCCUGAACUGUCAAGAUGAUGUUUCAGGGACCCUGUGUACUGUUGGUUGUUCCAGGAUCGCGCUAGGUUGAUUCCAGAACUAUAAAUUCCGUCUUGUGGCUAGGAUCGGUUUCCAGAUGUGAUGUGUAUACUAACUAAAACCACACCUUUUGCAUGUCUUCUUAUGUCUCUCCCCCAAAAACAGAGAUACACCCUUGUGGAAGUUGCUUGAACCAAAGGAUGAAAGAUGUUUCUUUU